GAUGAUGUGAUCGGGGAGGUGGUGGUGCCCUUGCUCGGGGUGGAUCCCAGCACUGGAAAGGUGCACAUCACCAGGGAUAUUGUCAAGAGGAAUGUGCAGAAAUGCCUGAGCAGGGGCGAGCUGCAGGUGUCCCUGUCCUACCAGCCCGUGGCACAGAGGAUGACCGUGGUGGUGCUCAAAGCCCGGCACUUGCCCCGCAUGGACAUCAGCGGCCUCUCAGGUAACCCGUACGUGAAGGUGAACAUUUACUACGGCCGCAAGCGCAUCGCCAAGAAGAAGACCCACGUCAAGAAGUGCACUCUGAACCCGGUGUUUAACGAAUCCUUCACCUACGAGAUCCCGGUGGAUUUGCUGUCCCAGCUGAGCGUGGAGUUCCUGGUGAUCGCCUUCGACCGCAGCACCAAGAACCAGGCGCUGGGGCGGCUGCUGCUGGGGCCGCAGGGCCGCGGGGCCGAGCUCUGGGGGCGCCUGGCACAGGGGGGCAAAACCGGGCCCGAGUGGUACGGCCUCAGUGAGUACUGAGAGAUCUGCACCGUUCCCCUUCCAGGACCUAAGGU